AGGUAUAGCUGCCAGAGAGAAAAUGGGGCUUCUACACGUUGGGCUUUCGUUGCUACUUUGUUGCUCUGCCUAUAGCCAGACAUUUAGAGGUAUGGCCAGUCAGGAUGGCCUAUUUGUGGAAGAUCCUGAAUUGGAGUGGGAGAGAAUGGUGGCAACAAUAGCUGAAGACACAAUCCCAGCCCCUGCACCCAGAGCUCAAUUCAAAUCCCUGGUACCUGAAGCCAAGAAGUUGCCUGAGUACAUGAUUGUCUCAAAAUCUAAGGACCCGAUUGAGCUUUUCAAGCCAGAAAAGGGUGCUAGACCCCUCCCUAACUUGGCCAAGAAAAUACUUCUUCCAGCUGAUGGUACUGCACUUACCGUUGGAAAACCAGCAGGUCCAAAGUUGGUUGAAAUCUUGUGCCAUGUUGACAGAAUGUAUGUAAGAAUUAAGAGGGAGGUCUUUAAGUCAAGGGACGCAUAUAAAUAUUUGACACUAGGUACCUGUGCUGUUAACCAAGGUUCGGAAGACCAUUACUACCUUCUGUACUUGCUGAGAACUGACUGUGGAUACAAGAAAGAGAGCAAUGCAGAUUUUCUGUUGAUCAGCAAUAAGCUCCGCUACAUGCCAAAAGGUCCUGUAUUAAGAGAAAUGCCAUUUGAAAUUCCCCUGAAGUGUAAAUAUCCCAGGUUGUUUUACUCCUAUAAAGUUGGCUUCUAUCCCAAACUUGUCGGUGGCACAGUUUACAAAUCACUCCAACCAAAAAGUAGUUUCACCCUCACUGCUCAAGAUGCAUCAGGGAAUGAAAUCACUGGUCCCGUAACAUACUUCUUGGGACAGCAGAUGUACUUCGAGGCCAAGACUGCACAGUCUGGAGAUAAGAGGAUGUAUGUCAACAAAUGCUACAUGACAGGCUCCCAAGGCUCCAAUCAAUUAUAUACAGUCAUUGACAAUCAAGGUUGUAUGAUUGAUGGUAAGCUGAACAAGCAGUCAAAGUUCCUCACUGGUGACUCAAAGAUGACCCAGAAGUUCACCGUGGGUGCUUUUGUUUUUAAACACUUGCUUACCAGUGGCUCUACAACACAGCAACUCUACAUGCAGUGUGAGCUCUCUCAGAGGCAAAUUACACCGACUCCGAGUUCGAAGGCUUGCAAUUAUGAUCAAGCUACUAAAAACACCAAACUUGUCAAUCUUCUGCAUUUUGCAGCCUGCUAUAACCAUCUUAAUGCUUUCAGGUGGAAGGAGCUGUACGGUGAUGACUCUGUAUGUGCCUGCUGUGACUCAUCAUGCCCAUUACAGCCUAGGGCUUCCAGGAAUAUGGUUACCAGUCACUCUUGGAAGGUCGACUUGAACAAGGAUGGAUCUGUGGAGUUUGAGCCACGUAUGAAAUCCUUUGGCACCGAUACAACUAAGGACGCUGAUAUGGCAGAGCACAGUGACUUCAUGAACUACUGGGAUCAUGAUUACUAA